UGCGCUGCCCCAGGCCAGGCCCUGCCGCGGCCGCAAGUCACUUCCUGCCCUCGCGCACCAUCCGGCUCCGGGGUCGCGUCGAGUUUGGGUCGGGACGAGGCGGAGAGGUCCUCCCUCCUCCCCUCCUCCCUCCCGCCCCUUCCCCGGAGGAGAGACAAGAAACUGAAUGCGGAAGAAGAAGAAGAGGUCAUUGAAGGGGAAGAUGCCUCUAAAUCACAAAUACUGUCAGACUGAUCACCAUCACCAUGGAUGCUGUGAACCAGUACAAACUCUGGAGCCUGGAGAUCCUCCUCUAUUACAACAGCCUCUUCAGACUUCAAAAUCUGGCAUUCAACAAAUUAUUGAAUGUUUCCGAUCAGGAACCAAACAACUUAAGCAUAUUUUGCUGAAAGAUGUGGACACUAUAUUUGAAUGUAAAUCGUGUCGCAGUCUCUUUAGAGGAUUACCAAAUUUAAUAACCCAUAAAAAAUUCUAUUGUUCUCCAAGUCUUUGGAUGGAUGACAAUUCUGCUGAUGUAAAUGAUCAACAAGGUCAAGCCAUAAGUGAUCUUCUAGAAGCUAUGUAUCCAAGGGUAGACAACCAAGAUUAUAUAAUCCGUCUGGAACCUAUAGAAACAAAUAAGAAUGCUGUCUAUCAGUAUGUUUCAAAGGCUGAUAGUGCAGUUGAAAACACUGGGAGGAAUGCCACUCUUGCUCAAUCUUCUUUAGAAAUGUCAGAGCCUUCCACAGAACCUUCAAAUUCAAUUCCAGGUCCUUCAGAUACAGAUAUUUCUCCUCUUCCUCCUCUACUUUCUACUGCUAACAAGGCAAUAUUGGCUCCAGAAUCUUCAGUGCCACCAUCAAAGCUUGUGUUGAAAUGCAAGAAUAACUCUGAUUCUGGCCAUCAAUUAAUUUGCAGUCUGUGUAAAAAGGAAUUUCAUUCCAGACGCAGUAUACGCCGACAUAUUAGAAAAGUGCACAAAAAAAAGAUGGAUGAGCUAAAGAAAUUCAUUGAAAUUAAAAAAAGAUCAAAUCAGUCAUUUGGAAGAGGGCGCAAUAAAAAUAUUCUUGUAACCCUGGGUAAAAGUUGUACAGUAUGUUUUAAAUCCUUUGCUACAAAAGCCAAUGUAAGAAGGCAUUUUGAUGAAGUGCACAGGGGGUUGAGAAGAGAUACCAUAACACCAGAAAUAGCUACAAGACCGGGGCAGCCUUUGUCCUUGGAAAAAUCUUCUGCUAAAAAAUCUCUUAAGAUCCGAAAACAAAAGUCGUCAUUAAAGAUGGAGUACAACUUAACUACGUGCAAGUGCCUGUUGUGCAAGAGAAAAUACACUUCCCAAGUAAUGCUUAAAAAGCACAUGUUGAUUGUUCACAAGAUAAUUAAUUCUACCAAAAAUACUAAAAAAGAAAAAAAGAUAAAUAAUUCUCGUAGCACAGAAGCAAAAUUUAAAACGGAUUCAACAGCGUCUGCAGAAUCAGUACCUUUAAUUAUUUCUCCACAGAAUGAUGUCAGAGUAACAAAUCAAUUAACUGAAAGAAAGAAUGAAGAGGGCACUGAGAAGAGGAACACAUCAUCAAUUGAGAGGAAGAACACAUUGUCUGCUGAAAAGAAAAAUGUACCAUCUUCUGAGAAAAAAAGCACAACACCAGUUGUGAAAAAGUCUUCCACAUUAGCUGAGGGAAAAAGUGCACAAUCCACAGAAAGAAAUGCAUCAGUAGAGAGAAAAAAUGAAUCAUGCUCUGAAAGAAAAAGUUCACCGUCUACAGAGAAAAAAAAGGUACUACCUGCAAAGAAAAAAAGGGCAGCAUUUGCUAAGAGAAAAAGUGUGUCAUCUUCAGAGAGAAGAAGUGCACCAUCUGUAGAGAAAAAGAAUGUACUACCUGCUAAGAGAAAAAGUGAAUCAUCUGCUGAGAGAAAAUGUGCACCACCAGCUAAGAGAAAAGUUGCACCAUCUGCGAAAAAAGGUUCGCCAUCCACUAAGAGAAAAAGUGUGCUGUCUGCCAAGAGAAAAAGUGCACCUUUAGUUGAGAGAAAAAAUUCAUCAUCUGCUGAGAGAAAGAAUGCAUCAUCUGCAGAGAAAAUAAGUGCACCCUCUGCUGAGAGAAAGAAUGUGUCAUCUGUAGGGAGAAAAAAUGCAUCAUCUGCAAAGAAAAUAAGUGCACCCUCUGCUGAGAGAAAGAAUGUGUCAUCUGUAAAGAGACAAAAUGCAUUAUCUGCAGAGAAAAUAAGUGCACCAUCUGCUGAGAGAAAGAAUGCAUCAUCUGCAGGGAGAAAGAAUUCGGUAUCUGCAGGCAGAAGGAAUGCAUUAUCUGCAGGGAGAAGAAAUGCAUCAUCUGUAGCGAGGAAAAAUACACCAUCUGCAGGGAGAAAAAAUGCACCAUCUGCAGAGAAAAGCAGAACAGUAUCUGCUGAGAGAAAGAAUGCAUCAUCUGCAGCGAGAAAGAGCAUAACAUCUGCAAAGAGAAAAAGAACCCCAUCUGUUGAGAGAAAAAAUGUAUCAUCUGCCAAGAAAAAAUGUGCAGCUUCUGCUGAGAGGAAACGUACAGCAUCUGCCGAGAAAAAAAGGGCAACGUCUGCUGAGAAAAGUGUGGCAUCUGCCAAGAAAAAAAGUGUGGCAUCUACCAAGAAAAAAUGUGCAGCAUCUGCUGAGAAAAAAUGUGCAGCAUCUGCCAGGAAAAAAAGCACAGCAUCCGCAGAGAAAAAAAGUGCAGUGUGUGCAAAGAAAAAAAGGGCAACCCCCACAAAGAGAAAUAAAGUUAAUCAGAAGUCUGAAAAUGCCAAGCAAAAUGGUCAGAAUCUUGUAGGCUCUCCUAGGAAACCCAGGAAACCAAGACUUACACCUGGUUUUGAUUUCAAAAAACUUUACUGUAAACUGUGUAAGCGCCAAUUUUCUUCUAAGCAAAACUUAGCAAAACACAUUGAAUUGCACACAGAUGGAAAUAACAUAUAUGUUAAAUUCUAUAGGUGUCCUCUGUGCACUUACGAAACACGCCGGAAGCGUGAUGUGAUAAGACACAUAACUGUAGUGCAUAAGAAGUCUCCAAAUUACCUCGGUAAAAUAACUGCAAAUUUAGAAGUCCGAGCCGUAAAAAAGUCUGUUGACUAUGUUCUAAACAAGGUAGUAAAAAGAGGCCCUCAUAGGGAUGAAAAUAAACAAAAUGGUCUUAAACAGAACAUUGCCUCUAACUCACCAAGGAAAAAGUAUGAAGGAGCUGAUGUUGGCAUUGAAGUAAAAGUCACAAAAAACUUUUCUCUGCACACAUGCGGUAUAUGUGGGAAAGCAUUUGCAAAAAAGACUUUGUUGGAAUGCCACAAGAAAACUCAUAAAACAAAUGCAUCAUAUUCAACUGAAGAAAACAAUAAAACCAAAGGUAGAAGUACAAGAUCCAAAGUUCUCAUCUAAUGAAGAACACUUAGUGCCUUCUUUC